GCGUGUGCUUGUAUUCCCCAGAUCGUCUUUCUUUCUUUCUUCUAUCUUCCCUGAGCUGAGCAGCCAUGUCCGAAGGCGUUGAGAUCCAUACUGUGCCUAAGGCGUCGACCACGCCCAGCAAUGUGAAGCUGAACAAAUGGUCCAGUAUCAUCACGCAGGACAAGGCACGAGGAGGUGCCCAGGCGAUGUUAUACGCCGUGGGCCUGACCGAAGAGGACAUGAAUAAGCCUCAGAUUGGUAUCUCUCCUGUCUGGUGGGAAGGCAACCCGUGCAAUUUCCACCUCCUGGACCUUGCGGUCAAGGUCAAAGAGGGAUGCAAGCAGGAGGGCCUUGUUGGGCUUACGUUCAACACUAUCGGUGUCAGCGAUGCUAUUACCAUGGGUACUGAUGGCAUGAGAUACUCGCUCCCGAGUCGUGACUUGAUCGCCGACUCAAUCGAGGCCGUCACAAUGGCACAAUAUUAUGACGGAAACAUCUCCAUCCCGGGCUGCGACAAGAACAUGCCUGGGACAGUUAUGGCUGCUGCCCGCCACAACCGGCCCACCAUCAUUGUCUACGGAGGCACGAUCCAGCAUGGUGUGCGCAAUGUUGACUGUCCCGCUCUUGGUGUCAAGAAGGGCGACGACAUGAACGUCUCCGACGCCUUCGAGUCCUACGGCGCCUACGUUGUCGGCAAGAUCUCGGACGAGGAACGAUUUGACGUCGUGCGCCAUUCCUGCCCAGGCCCUGGCGCAUGUGGAGGCAUGUUCACGGCAAAUACGAUGUCGAGUGCGCUGGAGGUGCUCGGCAUGUCGUUGCCUUAUUCAUCCAGCACGCCGGCGACAUUUGCGGAGAAGAUGCAGGAAUGCGUAAAGGCGGGGAAGUACAUGAAGAGGUUGCUUGAAUUAGAUUUGAAGCCGAGGGAUAUCCUAACGCGCCAGUCUUUUUUAAAUGCAAUCACCAUCGUAAAUGUUCUGGGAGGCUCAACCAACUCGGUGCUCCAUUUCCUUGCGAUGGCGCGUUCUGCCGACGUCGACCUCACUAUCGACGACUUCGUAACUGUCGCGGCCAGGACGCCGUACCUUUGUGACCUCAAGCCCUCGGGCAAGUAUCUGAUGGAGAACCUGCACAAAGUCGGCGGCAUCCCCGCGCUGCUCAAGUAUCUUAUCAAAAACACUGAUCUCAUCGAUGGGAGCGCGUUGACCGUCACAGGGAAGACGCUGGCGGAGAACGUCGAGGACGUCCCGGACCUCGAGUUCGACAACCAAGAUGUGGUUCGCCCGUUGAGCAACCCGAUUAAGAAGACUGGCCACUUGACGAUCCUUCGCGGCAAUCUCGCACCUAAUACUGCGGUUGCGAAGCUGACUGGCAAGGAGGGAUUGCGUUUCGAGGGUGUCGCGAAAUGCUUCGACUCACUCGACAAGUUCUACCCCGCCUUAGAAGCCGGAGAGAUUACCCCGGGCACGGUGCUGAUCUUCCGUUACCAGGGCCCAAAGGGUGCGCCAGGAAUGCCAGAGAUGCUUGGCCCGACUGGUGCUCUGAUGGGAGCAGGUCUGGGCGGCAAGACAGCCCUCAUCACAGAUGGCCGUUUCUCCGGCGCCUCGCGAGGGUUCAUCAUCGGCCAUGUCGUACCCGAGGCACAGCUCGGUGGACCCAUCGCUCUCGUGAAGGACGGCGACAAGAUCAUCAUUGAUGCUGAUACGCGGACGAUCAACUGGCUCGUCGACGAGGAGGAGCAGGCGCGCCGUAAGAAGGAGUGGGAGGCUGUCCCGCACAAGUUGCGCGUGAGUAGGGGCGUGCUGUACCGCUAUGCGCGUGACGUCGCCCCCGCGAACCUGGGCGCGUACACUGACUGAAGUAAUUGAGGGCUCGAAGUCGAGGGAGAUUGUCCACAGCGCGCAAUGUGAUGCUACAAAGAAGCGUAUUCGUGUAUAUGUCCAUAGAGUACAACAAGGGAAUCUCAACGGAACGUGAGUGGUAUCGUGAGGGUUGCUAGGUA